UUAAGUCAAUUUUUCAUUUUAUCAUCCUCAUCAUCAAUCAAUAGAUUAGCACUUAUCAACAUAAUGAACCUGAAGGAAAUUUUCUCCAUUUCCAUUCCUCUCACAGCAGCAACUUUAGCACUAAUUUUAGGCAUAUUCAUUCACAGGAUCCAUGCCAAGAUAACAGGUACUGAGAAGAGAAAAAUAUAUCACCCAGUUGGCUGCACCGUCUUCCACCUAGCAUUCAAUUUUCACAGGCUCCACGAUGCCAUGGCUGACCUUGCAUUCAAACAUACAAGUUUCAGAUUGCUUAGUUUUUUCAGAAGUGACGUUUACACUACACACCCUCCAAAUAUUGAGUACAUCCUCAAAACUAAUUUCGGAAACUAUGGCAAGGGAUCCUACAAUUACGACAUUUUGACAGAUCUAUUGGGUGAUGGGAUCUUCACUGUGGAUGGAGAAAAGUGGCGACGUCAGAGGAAAAUAGCAAGUUAUGAAUUCUCCACCAAGAUACUGAGGGACUUCAGCAGUGGAGUCUUUAAAGCCACAGCUGUAAAGCUUGCUGGAAUAGUAUCUAAAGCUUCUGCAUCAAAUCAGUCUAUAGAAAUUCAAGACCUUUUGAUGAAAGCAACCUUAGACUCUGUAUUUAAAAUCUUAUUGGGUAUAGAAUUAGAUGGUUUGUGUGGAACAUUUGAAGAAGGCACUAGAUUCUCUGAUGCUUUUGAUAAAGCAAGUGCAAUUAUGGUUUACCGAUAUGUUGAUGUUUUCUGGAAGAUUAAGCGGUUCUUCAACAUUGGAUCAGAGGCUGUUUUGAGAAAGAGUAUAAAAGUGAUUGAUGAAUUUGUAUACAAAUUAAUUAAAAGCAAAAUCGAGCAACUCAACAGUUCACAUGCUGAUUUACAACCAGUGAAGAAAGAAGAUAUUGUGUCAAGGUUUGUGGAACUGAAAGAGACGGAUCCAAAAUACUUAAGAGACAUAAUUCUGAGUUUUGUGACCGCUGGCAAAGACACAACGGCUUCAAGUCUUUCCUGGUUUUUGUACAUGAUCUGCAAGCACCCUCAUAUACAGGAAAGGAUUGCAAAGGAAGUGAUACAAGCAACUCAAAUGAGUGAUGGUGCAAGCAUUGAAGAACUUGCAGCCGGCAUAACUGAAGAAACCAUUGACAAGAUGCACUAUCUCCAUGCAGUUUUGACUGAGACACUCAGGCUUUAUCCCGCAGCUCCUGUGGAUGGGAAGAUUUGUUUUUCAGAUGAUACUUUGCCUGAUGGUUUCAGUGUGAAGAAAGGAGAUAUGGUAGCAUAUUUACCUUAUGCGAUGGGCAGGAUGAAAGCUUUAUGGGGCAAUGAUGUGGAGGAAUUUCGGCCGGAAAGAUGGCUCAAUGAAAAUGGCUUUUUCCAGCCAGCAAGCCCUUUUAUUUUCACAACUUUCCAGGCGGGUCCAAGAAUCUGUCUAGGAAAGGAAUUUGCUUACAGGCAGAUGAAGAUCUUCAGUAUGAUCCUUUUAGGAAGCUACAAAUUCAAGCUCAGUGAUGAAAAGAAAAAGGUCAACUACAGAUCAGCCAUGACUCUACAAAUAGAAGGUGGCCUCCAUCUUUGUGCCUUCCCAAGAUUGAGCCCUGGAAAAUAAGUCAAAUUGGCAAUAAAUUUUCACAGAUAUCCCUGGCUGUCUAUUAACAAAUGUUUAAUUCCUCCAUUAGCGUAAGGGGAAAAUGUUGCUUUUUUAACGUUUGGGUUUUAGUGUUCCUGUUUUACAUUUAUGAAGUGCUUGCGGGGUAAAGAGUGAAAUGUUGGACUUGAUAAUUGUGAUGUCAUACGGGUUGAGUUAGAUUGUGUAGUUACGGGUCUAAUAGGCCAUAAGGUUAGCUCCUUAGUCAUUAGGCUAGGUGAAGCUUCAAUACUAACAUAAUUUUAAAUCAUGCAUGAAACUAUUUAGAGGGGUAUUAAUCAUUAUUUUAAACAAUAAUACUAGCCUCACAAACAUCUCUCAUUAACCCCAUGUGGCAACUGGUAAUUGGUUUUGUCAAGCAGGACUUAUUAUUGAGCAGACGGAAUUCAUGCGAGCUGAUUAAUUACGAGCUGAUACGUUGU